CCUCCGAAUUUCGGAAUUUGUGUCGGCUGUUGGGGCGAAUAUCGGCAUCGAAGAAUCGAUACUCACCGAGUUGGAUUUGGAAAAUUUAGUGAAGUUGGCUAUUCAAGUAAAAGAGGGUCGAUUGUCACGCGUGCCACAAACACAUAUGAUUGUGGAGGGUAUCUGGCCACCAGCGCUGGUUCCUCUUUUCAUCAAAGAGGGCCAUUUCCCGACGUUUGUCGAUGAAAAUGAAUAUGAAUACGAUUAUAGAUAUGCUAAGAAAAAGAAGAGCGUGGUCCGUUUUGAGGAUGAGGUGCUGUCAACGAGUUCUAUUACCGAACCUUCAUCUAGACAAAUCAGCCGCCUUUCUCCUCCGAAUACAUUUUCGGAUUCAGAUCGUGCCCUUCAAACGGCUCCAUUAAGCCAUUCGGCUUUCGCUCAUUACCGGCUCCUGAUUUCGAGGGAUUCUCAGCGCUCCUCGUUCCGCCAAACGGCCUCUAGCCCAUCACAUUGGAUCGAUUCGACGGAGGCGACGAGUACGGUGAUGGACGAAAUGAUGCCGGUGCACGAAUCGGCUUCAUUUGAUACUUCUGUCGCUUCAUCGUUGCCUGGUCAUAGUCAACAAAAUCCGAUCGAAGCCACCUCACCUAAGGGAAUCCAGAAGAAGAAGGGCUUUUUCAAGGGCCGUCCGCUUUUCCUUUGGCAUAAGAAGAAGACGGUCAGCUAUCGG